GUCAAAGUUCCCCCACCACCCGGCUCAACCAGGCAGUUGUGAGUUUGGCCCAUAGCCACCAAAUAAGACUAGAUACCAGAAUAGAUUUCCAUUGAUUUGAAUUCAAAGGAGGAGAAUUAUAAACGACCAACCAGGUUUGUACUAGUACUUAACAAUAGUCUAAACCAUCGGCCAAUUGUAGUACUUCCCUAUGAUCACGCGACCAGUCCCGUGACCGAAACUACCUUUACCCUUUGGCUUUACGUAUUAAAGCAGACCGUCAAGUGUGGUCGUGAGGAAACUUGUAGAUGAAAUGAAGGCUCUCAGCAAACAGUUUGCAGUUGUUGUCCUUUUUGUCUACUAGCAUUUAUAUACAAAAUGGCGAGUAAGAUGGCGAGCGACUUGGGCGAGGAGUUCCUGACGUGCGCGGUCUGCAUGCUACACUUCCGGGACCCUAGAAUCCUGCCAUGUCUGCACACAUUUUGUAGGGAGUGUCUGCAGCUUUGGUCUACAAAACAACAGCCGCUAGAGUGUCCGACAUGUCGCAAAGAGGUCAGUCUACCCGACCAAGGUGUGGAUGGACUCAAGACCAACUUUUACGUCAACAACCUGUUGGAUUUCGCGGCUGCGAAGAAAGGGGCGGAGCCAGGUGUGCCGUGCCAGGUAUGCGAGGGAGGGCGAGAGCAGGCCAAGUUGUGGUGUACGGACUGCGCUAUGUUAUUGUGUGAGUCUUGUACCGUCAUGCACCGUAAAGUUCCGGCUACCAGAGAUCACGAACUUGUUCCACAGGACGUGUUGGAGGGAAAGGAAGGAAUGGAGAAACUUCAUCGCAAACGGUACUGCGACAAACACAAGAGCCAAGAACUGGUUUUCUACUGUGAGAGUUGUAACGUGUUGGUUUGCACAUCGUGUGCCGUGAUCAACCACAAACCGGGCAGAGCUCAUAAUCUGGAGGAAAUCACUACCGUCGCUCAGAAGAAGAAGGAAAUGCUGCGACGUCUUCUGCAAGGCAUAGACCCGCGUCUGGAGGAAAUACAGGAUUCUGUCAAGGAAGUGGAGAAGACGAUGUCAAAGUUGAUCCCCGCAAAAGAAGUAGCCACCGUCCAAACCCAGGCGUAUUUCGGUCAGCUUGUUCACCUGCUGCAAAAGCGGGAAAAAGAGAUUUUGAUCCAGAUUGACGAACAGUGCCAAGCCGAUGGCAAGACUCUUCAGGCCAAGAAGGACGCGAUGGAAUUUGAGUUGGCCGGACUGACGAGCGCACAAACGUUCUGUCAACAAACUGUGGAACACGGAAGUGACGUGCAAGUUCUGGAGGUGGGAAACCAAGUCCAAACAAGAAUAGAAACUCUGCUGACUAAAAAACUGGACCUGGAGUCCAAAUGGAGCGAGUUUCAGUUCGAAGAGAACACCGCUGCCACGGCGUUUGCGGAUGAAGUUGAGAACUUUGGUGGUUUAAAGACUGACGUCGACGUUUCAAAGUGCGACGUUAUUGUGAAGCCGGCAGUUCAGGGGUUUCAGUGUUUUGCCGUACUGACAACAGUGGACAGAGGCGGAUGUCCGUGUGUCACAAACAGAAAAGCCGUGACAGCCAACAUGAAGGACCCUUCCGGAAUUAACGUUACACCCAAACUACAGAUGAAGAGCGGGGGCGUGUGGGAAAUAUCCUACAUGCCCAAGGUCACGGGCAACCAUAGCUUAGAGGUAAAGGUAAACUCGCAACAGGUGGAGGGAAGUCCUUUUGAUGUUAAAGUACAAGAGAGGGAGACACCUGUGUUAACUAUCGGUCGGAAGGGUAGUGGGGUAGGGGAACUGGACGAGCCGCUAGACGUCGCGGUUGAUACAGAUGGUAACAUUGUAGUGGUGGAACAGGAGAACAAGCGAGUUCAGGUGUUCGAUGGAGAGACAGGUGUCUGUCUGAGGGGCUUCCCUGUCGGCGGUGAGGGUCCGUUCGGCCUCGAAGUGGACUUUGAAGGAAGAAUUCUUGUGACGUCGUUGGGGGAAUGCGAAAUAAGAAGUUACUCAAAAGAAGGCGAACUUUUGAACAGUAUCGAUAUCCAGCGUGAUUGUUGGUGCCCAUCUGGAGCUGCAGUUCUGCAGGACGGCCGCAUGGUGGUGUCGGACUCAGCUCAGCAGCGCUGUCUUCUCCUGGAGCAUGACGGGAGCCUCAUUCGGGACAUCGGCACAGGACAACUACAGUUCCCAUCAUUCAUAGCGGUGGACGAGUCACGCGGUGCGAUAUACGUCACAGACCGGUUUGCGCAUAAGAUAUUUGCAUAUGACCUUGAAGGAAACCCGAUGCUUAGCUUUGGCAGGGAAGGUCAUGGCGAUGGCCUGUUACAAGAUCCGGCAGGUGUAGUGUUAGACCCGACAGGUAACAUUGUCGUAGGUAACGCAGGGGACGGUCGUGUCCAGGUGUUCGGGCCUGACGGGACUUUUAUCAGAAAUGUCGCGACAGUCACAGGGGAAAGCGCUCACGGACUCGCGCUGACUCCGGACGGGUACAUAGCGGUGGCGUGUUAUAAGGGACACUGUGUGGAAAAGUACAGGUAUAUGUGAUUCGAAACAGGCAAAAUCAGCAGCAAAUUCUGCUUUAUUCGUGGAUGACGUUUGUAAAGAUGUGUCGACAGCUAUUGCGUAGUCUUGAUCUUGUAGGUUGACAUUUUUCACGAAGUAAAGAAGACAUGUUUUCAUUUUCUAGUCAUACUCGACAUAUGUGCCCAUUCACUCAGUAGUGAUACACACGAGUUGUAUAUAUUUGCGUACACAAGGGUAUAACGUUAGUUGUUCAGAUGCGAAUGACAAUUUAAAAGUAUGCAUUGUAUGAUAUAGCGUGUUUCGCAGCUGUAGAAACAUUCCACAAGUCAGACAACUGCAUUGUAAAAAUGUAUGAUUCUCUUCAGUAAUAAAUAUUUCUCUUGAUCUGUUGUGCGUUUUACUGUAAUGUGUCAUUUGUGAUUUUUUUACCUCCAUGUGAAUACUAAGCGAUAGAACUAGCAGCCGCGGACGUAUUCACUUUGUAUACAUACAUGUAUUCAUUUAUUCCCGACGUCUAUCCCAUACAACUUACCACCCCAAAUGUCGGUGAUAUGAGAAUAAUCCAAAACUUUACUCCAAGGUCAUGUCCUCGACUUCCAUGUCUUCCAGUUGUAGAUCGUGUCUGCCUCUAGUGCGCAUGCCCCCCUCCGCGGACGUUGAGCCCUCCGUGAGGGUUCCCGCGCUUUUGGUCUGCCGGACGGCCCACAUGGCGCUGUCCUCGGACCCAAGAUGUACCUCCGAGGACGCCUUUUUCGGCAUUCUCUGUAUAAGUUCUCUCUCAGAGCCGUUUCCCUCGCCUCUUCCUGUCUCCCUGCGGUGCCCGUGAGGCCGACACAAGAUGAACUCUGAACUCUGGUACUUACUAAGCUUUACGGGAACCCAAGGCUCCUUCAGCAGUCCAGGCCGCGACCGCGACAGCCUGUACUUCUUCCACUUAAACGCCAGGGGUCGCUGCUGCGGGGAAACCAGCCGGUCCGUCCUGCCGCCCACCGACACCUCUAAACUGACGUCAUCCGCGCGAAACACGUCGGUGAUGACGUAGACGUGUCUCUCGUGCUGCAGUCCGUACAGCCAAGGAAUGAGAGUCAGGUCGCCUUUCUUGAAAGUUAGUUGUGCUGAGAACUUCCUCACGCCUUGGAUCCUCACGUGAAUCUCCUUCGGCUCCUCCUUACUCCAACUCACCUGGACAGGAACACGAGGACAACUCGGUUGCGAUGUA